AUGACGACACCACGCACGCCCACCGAGUCCUCGGGCCUGCUCCGAUCGCUCUCCAAGUCGAACGUCUUUGAAGAGACGUCGCGCGUCCUGCGGUCCAUCUCGCGCUCGAACGCGUUCGAAGAAGACCCGGCCACGCUCACGACCGCGCUCUACGCGUCGGCGACGAUCACCGAGAUCCACACGUCGCCGUUGCAGGCGUGGCUGGGCACGCUCAUCCUCGCCGCGAGCCUCUUCACUGUCUCGUCCGUGGGUAUUGCGCUCGACCUCCAGACGGGCGUCACACCGCUCCUCAAGCUCUUUUGGCGCAUGACGGCCACUGCGUUCUUCAUGGGCCUCUUUGCCUACGCCCGCGGCUGCUCCUUCAAGCUGCCGACGACGAUCGAUGUGGUCUCGAUGGCAUUUGCCGGCAUUGGCUACGUCAUCUUCCUCGGCACGUUCAUUUGCGCACUUGACAUGACGUCCGUGAGCCACGCGUAUAUCUUCAACAACUGCCACUCGCUUCUCCUCGUCUUCGGAAAGCUCUUGUUUCGCCAGCCCGUGACUGGCGCGCAGCUCACUGGUACGCUCAUUGGCCUUGUCGGCGGCAUCGUGACGACGCUGGACUUUCACCCGUCGGACCCGAACGCACCGAUCACGCUGCCGUCCAUGGAGGGCGAUUUCGUGGCUUUUGUCGGCGCGAUCGGCGGCGUCUUGUACCUCACGCAGGCCGAGCGCCUCCGCCCGAACGUCGACCUCAUGGUGUUCAUGUACUACCUCGACCUCAUCGGCGCCGGCAUCCUCCUCACGCUCCUCGUGUGUACGGGCGCGCCCCUUGAGUUCUCGAUGGACCCAGCGGUCGGUCUCUACGGCUGGAUGACGCCGGUCGCCAACCGCCUUCCGGUCGCCCUCUACAUUGUCUUUGUCUGCGAUUUCAUUGGCACCAUGGGCUACGUCCGCGGUCUCUACUACUUUGAACCGAUCGUGAUCUCAAUGGUCAUGCUCCUCGAGCCCAUCAUCGCCACGGUGAUUGGCAUCUUGGCCCACGUCGAAGCCAUUCCCGGUCUCCUCACGCUCGGUGGCGGCCUCCUCGUGCUUGCAGGAACCGCGCUCGUCAUUCUGAGCUCGCCGACCAAGGCCAACAACGCAGACGAUAUCGAGAAGGCGCGACUGACACCGCCCAAGCGAUGCAUCUCAAACUCGGUGGCUACGAUCCAAGUAUGA